GAGACUCUUUGUUAGCUAGCUCUAUAUCUAUUGGCUGGCUACUAAUCUUACAGUAUUACUACUGUUCAUUUACUGAAGUACGUCGAUUUCAACAUUAAUAUCCAGUGAUCAGUAGUGUUGAGCUUCUUAGACAGAAAACUUUUGGGAUGGGGAAGAUUGGAGGGGGUUCAUGGUUGAGAAAAGUUAAAAGGGCUUUCGGAUCUCCUGCUAAAGCCAAAGAUGGAGAGAACAGCUGUAAGAGAAGAGAAGAGGCAGAGGAAGAAGAAGAACAAAAGAAGAGGGGGAAAAGGAGAUGGAUAUUUGGGAAGCAGCAGUUAUCAUGCGAAACAACGAUGCACCACAACGAAGCAAGACCUGGUACUACUACUAGUACUACUAUAGUACCCAUAUUUGCCCAAAAUGAAGAAAGCAGUAACUUGUUUGAAGGAAGGAGGACAUUGAAGGAUGUCAUUUCUGACCAACAAUGUUCAUCAUCAUCAGCUUCUGCUCUCGCAUUGGCAAUGGCAACAAAAAUGGCCGCCGAGGCAGCAGCUGUGACUGCUCAGGCAGCCGCGGAGAUCAUUAGGCUUGCGAGACCUGAUGCGUUUCGAGGUACAGGACAGGAGGAGAAACAACACCGUGCUGCGGUCAAAAUUCAAACAGCCUUCAGAGGGUAUUUGGCAAGGAGAGCUCUUCGGGCACUGAAGGGGCUAGUAAAGCUGCAAGCCUUAGUGAGAGGACACAAUGUGAGAAAACGAGCCAAAAUGACACUUCAAUGCAUGCAGUCUCUCAUUCGUCUGCAAGAUCAAGCCUGUGACCAGAGAAAGAGGCUCUCCCUUGAAGGAUGUACCAACAUCAGCGUAAUAAUGUCCGGAAAAUCAUACAGUUCAGACACUGAUUACUACUAUGAUGAUGAUCAUGACCAAUACAUACCAAAAUCACAGCAUAAUGUGAAGAUCUAUCAGCACCAGCUUCAGAUGCCAAAACAUUUGGCUUCCAAACCGCCCCAGAUGUCUCUCUAUCAAGCAUUCUCUCAAUCUGAUCAUCAGAUGUGGAAAGAAGGCGAAUUACAAAAUUCACACUGCAAAAAGUAUGAAGAACAAAAGCAGCAAGAGAAAGAUAUCACCAAAAGGAGAGCCUCAAUUGACCAUAAAGAGUCCAUAAAAAUUGUGGAAAUCGACACAAUCCAACCUCACACUUGUAGCAGCACAUCACAAUUACCAGCUCAGAACCAUCUCCAGGAAUAUCAUCGUCAACCCGGAAGAAGAAGGUCCUCCGGCGCCUCAUACAACACCGUGGUUUCUUCUUCUUCCACUGCCUCUUCUCCUCUUCAUCACAGGUUCCAAGACUUAUCCAUUCAACAACACCCACCGUUGUUCUCACCAGGCAGACUAAAACCCGUCGAAACGCCGGCGGGCAGAGCAACAAGUGAUUCCUCUGGCUGUAAUAACUCUGUUCCGAAACCUCAACCGGCAUACAUGGCAGCCACAGUAUCAGCACAUGCUCGAGCACGGUCACUCAGCACCCCUAGGCAAAAGGGUUUAGCUCAGGGUGAAAAGAAAGGGAUGAUGGCCAAGAAGCGUUUAUCUUUCUCCGGGGAAGAAGACGCAUUGGCGGCCCACAGUGAUGGGGAAUUAAUAAGCAGGAGGGUCAACUGUCUGCUUGAGAAUUCGUUCCAGAGCCCUGCCCGCCGCCUGCAGAAACAGAGCUGUUUUCAAGGGAAAAAUGAUCGUAAUCACAAUGCAUUUCCCCGGUGAAAGAAACAAACAUCUUUGUAAGAGUCGGCUCAUUAAUUGGGAUUCUUUCAUCAGGAAUUUCUUUCUACCAAAUGAAACUUGGAGAACAGAGAGGAAUGUGACUCAGAUAGUAUAAUAAUGGGCUUUAGGCCUCAUAUUAUUCAGGGCUUCGUAUUUUCAGAAUUUUAUUUACUAUAGUUAUUUUCUUGCAUUAUUUUAUAAUAAUUGUUGAAAUGAUAAUUAAAAAACUAUCAUUACAUAAAUAUUUUGACAUGCAAAGUAUCUUAUAUUUUAAUUAUCUCAUAAAAUUAUUUGUACCGAA